AUGUCUAUCUAUCUAUCAUUCUGUUUCAUUCUAUCUAUCUAUCAUUCUGCUCAUGUCUAUCUAUCUAUCAUUCUGUUUCAUAACUAUCUAUCUAUCAUUUCUGCUCAUGUCUAUCUAUCUAUCUAUCUGCUAUCAUGUCUAUCAUUUCUAUCUAUCUAUUCUCAUUUCAUGUCUAUCUCUCUAACUAUCUAUCUAUCUCAUUCUGCUCAUGUCUAUCUAUCUAUCAUUCUGUUCAUGUCUAUCUAUCUAUCUCUCAUUCUGCUCAUGUCUAUCUAUCUAUCAUUCUGUUUCAUAACUAUCUAUCUAUCAUUCUGUCUAUCUAUCUAUCAUUCUGUUCAUGUCUAUCUAUCUAUCAUUCUGCUCAUGUCUAUCUAUCUAUCUAUCAUUCUGUUCAUCAUCAUUCUGCUCAUCUAUCUAUCUAUCUAUCUAUCAUUCUGCUCAUGUCUAUCUAUCUAUCAUUCAUUCUGCUCAUAUCUAUCUAUCUAUCAUUCUGUUCAUAACUAUCUAUCUAUCAUUCUGCUCAUGUCUAUCUAUCUAUCUAUCUGUUCUGCUCAUCUAUCUAUCUAUCAUUAUCCAUCUGCUCAUAUCUAUCUAUCUAUCAUUCUGUUCAUAAUAUCUAUCUAUCAUUCUGCUCAUGUCUAUCUAUCUAUCAUUCUGCUCAUGUCUAUAUCUAUCUCUCAUUCUGCUCAUGUCUAUCUAUCUAUCAUUCUUCUGUUCAUAACUAUCUAUCUAUCAUUCUUUCAUAUCUAUCUAUCUAUCAUUCUGUUCAUGUCCAUCUAUCUAUCAUUAUCAUAUCAUCUAUCUAUCAUUCUGUCAUAUCUAUCUAUCUCAUUCUGCUCAUGUCUCCAUCUAUCUAUCAUUCUGUUCAUAACUAUCAUCUAUCAUUCUGCUCAUGUCUAUCUAUCUAUCAUUUCUAUCUAUAUCAUAUCAUCUAUCUAUCUUCUCAUCUAUCUAUAUCAUUCUGUUCAUGUUCAUCUAUCAUUCUUGCUCAUGUUAUCUACACAACUAUCUAUCUAUCAUCUAUCUAUCUAUCAUUUCUGUUCAUAA